CGAUUCGACUCGACUCGACUCCACAAUCCACAAUCCACAGUCCACAAUCCGCACUCUGCUGUUUUUUCCGCGACUGCCUUUGGCUGCUAUUCCGCUAUUGUCGGCCAACCUUUCUCCUAUAUCUACCUAUUCCCGCGUUCCACUCAAAUUUCAACGAAAAUCAGUUGGCCCAUGCUUAAACUUCAACUGAUUGUUUUCAGCACAAACACAUUCGGAGUACGGAGUACGACGAGCUACGAGAACUGAUAAAUUUUGUUGACAAAAUAAAAUCAAAUCUCUCUCCCAAGCGAAGUUGAGCAGCAAGCACUCAAUAUGUCGACUCCGCACUCUCCGCAGCCGCCCGUUUACUGUCACAAAUGCAAGCAGAUCAUCGAGCAGCGCAUCAUCACGGCAUUGGGCCAGACCUGGCAUCCGGGCCACUUUGCCUGCAAGGACUGCGAGCAGCCCAUCACAGAUGCCACCUUCAACAUUCAGGACAAUGAGCCCGUCUGCACCGAUUGCUUUGUGAAGAACUAUUCGGGCACAUGCUUUGGCUGCAAGCAGCCCAUCAUGGAGCGCACCAUCAAGGCCAUGGAGCAGUCAUGGCACGAGGAGUGCUUCCUAUGCAAUGGUCCGUGCAAGAAGCCACUGGCCGGCACCUCCUUCUACGAACGCGACGGACAGCCCUAUUGCCGUGUGGACUACGAGCAGCUGUUCGCCAUCCGCUGCGCCGGCUGUGACCAGCCGAUCAUAGACAAUGCGAUCGUUGCACUCAAAGCCAAAUGGCAUCGCAGUUGCUUCAAGUGCAAGAAGUGCGGCACUCCCAUCACGGCCAGCACCUUCGCCGUGGAGGAGAACCAGCCGAUGUGCAAGGAUUGCUCGGGCUAGGCGCUGCACCUCCUGCCCCUCUACACACUAGCACCAGCAAGUACCCUUACCCUUACACACACACACACACAACACAUGAGACAACAGAACACGAUAAAUGCAUUUGGCACACCUGUCGAGCGCCUGCAGCACGAGGAGAAGGAGGCAGCAGCAUGCCGCUGAUUGAAUGCUGCCUGCUGGCUGUUAAUGCUUACAAGUAAUUAUUAUAAAUCUGUUUAGUUGAUAGGCACAAAACAAUUGUUGUCCAUCUCACACACACACAAACACACACACACACACACACACACACACACACACACACACAUAGCUUUCUUUCAAUUGUUACCCGUCGCCGCCCUCUGGAUUAGAUCCUCUCUUGAUUGUUUUUCGUAACGCACAAAAGUAUCUGUUAAAUGGAAUAUAAUAAAUAAACAUUAAUCUGAACAGCUGCAGCAUAUAUCGCAGGUA